ACGUGCGCACACAAUGCAUUGCACGGCUGACAAGGAGUGCGACUCCCCGAUGUCCAUGAUACAUUUACAAUUCCGAGGAAACGCGUGAAAAGGAAGCGGCGGGGGACACGGCGUGCCCCCCACAUAUGAUUUUUACACACUGGAUUUUGUCAGGAAAUGGAAUCGUGAGCAGUGGACGCCGGUGACCGGUUGAACUUGUUCUAAACAUUGGAUCUAAACAGUGAAGGCUUCACGGUGGAGCUGCCCAGCCUAACGGGGGUUGGCCGACACCCUCGUUUAUGGAAAUCGACACCGAGGCUUUCAAGAACGGGCCUUGAAUUUUUCUUCCAAGUGAUGGAGGGGGAUCAGAAGUGUUUUCGUGCGUGAAGGACUAAUAUAACGUUAUUACACGAGUGAUUGUCAGAAGUGGCUUCGCAUUCCUCCAGUUUCGUUUGGAGGCAAAAAAAGGAUGAACCCCCGCUAGCUAACAGCUGGAUUGGCUAAUGCUAACCUAGCUGUGUUGCUAACAUUACGUCUUUCUUUUGAUGGGUUACAAACUCAAACCCUCACUAUCGCCCGUCAAACAUAUCGAUAAUUGAAAAAAAGAUUAAUCGACUCGGGAUUAUUAUUCGGCCACGCGCUUAACUGUCCGGUUGGUAGUCGUGCGUUGAUGUCGGAAAAACCGUAUUUAUUCUUAGGUUGCUGUCUGAAUAUAUUGUGAUGUAUUGAAGUUAGCCCAGAUCGUGCUAUCUGAAUUAGCAAAUGCUAAUUUGCUGGAGUCAAGCCUAGCCGAGUGCUUGGCAGGCGGUCGCGCACCAAGCUGGUAUUGUUCCACAUUUUUCUCCUUAGAUCUGAGAUUUGUGAAUGAUUGGUGUCGUUUUGACUUUAUAUCACAAUGUCACGACAGACAGUGUGUUGGCGUUCCAGUAUUUGGCUUCUGGGCCUUCCUAACUAGCUAACCGUGUCAAUUUUGUGCUAGCACUCAAAUCAAUUGUCAGCAAAUUGUUGACGGAAAUAUUAGUUGGCGAUGGCCCGGAUUUCAACAGCAAACCCAUGUGAGACUGUUUAGUUGAUUUAGUCAGCAACCCAAGCGGGACUGUCGUUUUUGUUUACAUGCUUAUUCGCUAAUUUUCUUUGCUAGCGAGCUAAUGUUAGCCACUUAGAAGAUGUCCUGAUCGUUGCGAUUGUGCUUCACUUCCAUCGCGGGUCGUUGCAAAUAAUUGAAAUGACUCUCAAAUUCCGCCGAAAGAAAGGCCCCGAUGCCAAUAGACUGUUGUCAAAGCAAGGGAAAUAGUACGACCACUAUUCAAUUAACGCCAUUUUCACUGGUGCUCCGAGCCCGGGGGGGCUGGUGUCAUCUCUUUGCGGUUAGGUGCCACCUUCCGCCAGACCGGGACUUAAUUUAAGUGCCUUUGGCGUCAUCGGAGUUGGACAAAAGGCUUGGAGGACAUGGAGGGUCCGAGCCGAAGCACUGCAUCUAGGCAGAGCCGCCGCUCCCGUUCCCAGCGCGACAGGGAGCGGCGGCGGAGGACAGUCAACCUGCCUGAGGAACGGGCCACGUCCCUGUCGUCGGGCUCUGAUCGGGAGGAUCGCGGGGCCACUAAGGUCCUCGGACCGGGGGAGAAAGAGGGCCGGCCAGGUUUUGGUCGACACAGACCCCCGCGUCGGAGAAAGAGGGAGUCGGUGUCGUGUGAGGAAGACAUCAUCGAUGGCUUCGCUAUUGCCAGCUUUGUGAGCUUGGAGGCGUUGGAGAUGGACUGCUCUAUGAAGCCAGGCCAGCACAACGACAUGCUGGGAAGGAGGAACAAGGGCAAGAGGGGUCCGGAGGAGAAUGGCGGGGGGCCGCUGUCCGAGCCGGAGGAAGGCGUUCCGCACAGCUACUCCAGCAGCUGUUGGAACAAGUGUAGGAACAAGAGGAGGAAGCUCGAGGGACACCCGUUGGAGACUGGCUAUAUUUGUGACACGGAGAGCGAUGCUGGAGACAAGGCCUCGGACCAUGACAUGGAUCCAGUGUUCACCGUCAGCACCCGAAAAGUUGUUGAGCCUCCGCCCUCAACUGUGGACAAAAGCUGCUCGGGCAUGCCGGCGCGGAGUGGCGUCCCACGCUUGAUGGUGACGCCCAGAGUUUCCGGCCUGGAGCGGAGUCAGGAGAAAAGCCUUGAUUCGCAUUACCCGGAGGCCGUUUCGUCUUCUACCUCUUCCGCCUCCUUCUCCCGCCUGCCCUCCCGCUCCCCGGCCUCGGCGGCAGGGCCGGUUCCCAGGCCCGGCUCUGUCAACGUUAACGGCGGGCGGCACCACAACGGCAGCCCUCCGCUGUCCAAACCGAAGCCCUUCCUCACCUUGCCGGGACGCUCUCACACCCUUUACAACAGGAGCAACACUCCAGUCAAACCUCCGUCUGUUGCAUCAUCUUCAUCUUCCAUGCGCCCUCCAACUCCCUCCACCAGUGUCUCCAUGUCCUACAUCCGGGGCGCAGGGUCCUCGGGGCCCCACCGACCCCCAUCGCGAGCCAACUCGGGGGCUUUGUUUACUUCCUCACCAGGCCUGCCUCCCCCUCCGCCUCUACUACAGGGCCCCUCCCACUCUUCAGCAGCAGACCAGGAAAUGCUGCGGCAGAAUUUAAACUCUCACUUCCUGAACGCACAAGAGCGCGAGGGCCGACGCAGCGCUCCCGGGGCCGAAGGUAGUAACGCCGCCGCGGGUCGCUCCACUCCCGGCGGGGCGUCGGCGUCCAGUUCCACGCCUGGAUCCACGGGUCGGACGUCGCAGAACCAGCCCAGCGUCCAACCGCUGGCUUACCAGUUCCAUCAGCACAACCACCAGCACCAGCAUACGCACACGCACCAACAUUUCACGCCUUUCCUGCACCCCACGGCCACCGCACCGCCCCUGUUUGAUAAGUAUCCUGGCAAAAUGGAUGGGCUGUACCGGCAUCCUUUCUUCCCGCAAUACCCGCCGCCGCCCUCAGUGCCCAACAUCCAGCCUGUGAUUCCUCCCACCGGGCCUUUUAGCUCCCUGCAAGGAGCAUUUCAGCCAAAGCGGUGCCUGACGGCUCGUUUUGUGCAACAGCCUCUUGUCCCUCAGGGAACCGGUCCGGAUCUUAGCGCUCGCCUCGGGGUCGUGCCGCACCACAUGCAGCCCAAAGAUCACCGGCUAACUGAUCCAUUCGGGACAUCGUUGAAAAUCAGUAAUAAACCUGGAAAAUGGUGUGCUAUGCAUGUAUAUGUGGCCUGGAUGAUCCUGAGCCAUCAGAAGAAAGUAAAGCUGAUGCAGGCUGAUCCUCACAAGUUGGACUUCCGCAGUGACCUGCUGGCUCGUCUUCCUGGAGCCGGUGGACUCGGCCCAAUGGGCCCCAUGGGAGGACCCCUGCCUCCAAGUCACGACUUGACCAGACCUCCCGGUCUCUUCUCAGCGACAGGUGCAGUCAAUCCGUCCUCGGCACCUUUCAUCGCCCCAUCAGCGCCGCACUCGUCUUUCCUCGCCCCACCUGCACAUUUGGACCCGUAUGGCCGAUCUCCACCCUUUACCCCGCUGGGAGCCCUCGGUUCCAGUGCCUUUGGAGGACUGGGAAGCCCAACACUUGCAGGCUCCAUGUUCGGUCCUAAGGACUCACCUGCCAACGUGGUGGGAAGCUUAUCCAACGCUUCCAACCACCACGAUGCAUGGAACCGACUCCACGGCACGCCGGCAGGCUUCCCGGCGGGCCCCAGCUGGGCCAAAGGAAGCGACAAGCGAGACGAGAGGGACCGCGCCAAGGACGCCGAGCGGAGAGACAUACCACACAUCAAAGAUGAAAAGGACAGAGACAACACGCUGUAUGGCCGUCCACCUGUCAGGAUGUCUCCUGUGGCGCCGUCCUUUAAGCCCCGCAGUAGCACCCCGGUCUCCCACAUCAACGGCCACAGCAGCUCCCUGGGCCCAGGAGGCGGGCCUGCUGAGGACACGACUCGCAGUCUCAACAGAGACCGAGAACGCGAGCGGGACAGAGACGGGGAAAAGAGGCCGCUGCCGACAGUGUCUUCACGAGGGCUUCCCCAUGGCUCUUCCACUUUAGUAGCAGACAGAGACAGACCGCGCUCUUCCUCCUCCUCCGUGCUCAACACUCCCCCGCCUGCCAGCCGCUCUGCCCAAUCACCACUGGACCUUUACCCCCGCCAGCUCGGCCCGGCAGUACACGUCCAUCACAAUGAACACCCCCAAAGAGACGGCCCCCAUCCCACUUCCUCGGCGGCUUCUGCCUCCGUCACUUCUUUAUCUCAGGCCAAGAAGUCUGAUCGGACCAUGACGCCCGUCUCCAAGCCGCCCCUGGUCCUGGCGCCGGUUAAAGUGAAGGAGGAGCGCAAAGAGGAGCCGGAGCACAUCCCCAUCUCCCUGCCUGCCCCGCUACCCAACAACGCUUUUGACCGCCCCAACAGCCACCCACACAACCACAGUUCUGGUACGCCCUCAUCUUCUCUUUCACUGACUCCCACUCCGGGUGUUCCCCUCCCUCCGCCCACUCCCAACCCGCCUUCCCAUCUUACCUUGUUGGAUCGCUCCCGGGCCCUUGAAGCCUAUUUGGGUAGCGCGGCAGGGUCCGGUUUGGUAAUGGGCCCGGGUGGGGAUCGUUUCGCCCAUGGGCCACCUCAGGGACCACCGCAAGGUCCCCACAGCUUCACCUGGGAUCCCUGGAGAGAGCUUGCAGCCCAGCAGCAUCAGCAACAUCGAAGGGAGGCAAUGGCACUUCGUUCCGACCCGCACCUCAGCCUGCGUUCGGAUCCCCACCUGGCGCGGCUCCUCCAGCACCAGCGCUUCCUGGAAGCGGAAAGGGCUGCGGCUGUUGCUCACCACCCUUCUACGUCCGCUGCCUCCAGCCAUGCGGUCCGCCAGGAGCUCGCCCUCAUGGCCCACCACUUCGACCGGCCUCACCAACUAGGACCGCCGGGAGGGGGCCUGAUGGACGAGGAGCAGCGUGCACAAAUCCUGCGGGAAGACUUUGAGCGGGCGCGCUUCUUCGGCAUGCACCCCCAUCUUCCGCCAGGCUCUCACCUCUCCAGCCCCUCUCAUGCUGCUACCGCUGCUCACCUGGAGCAGCUGCACCCUGGCCUUCUGUCCCACCACCUGCCUCCAGGGGCCGCCGCAGCCGCCGCCUCCCAACAUCACGCGUCUCUAUACUCGCGUCUGGGCCCACUUAACGCACACCACGUGCCCAACGGCAUUCUGGCAAAAACGCCCGCGGGUUUGGUGGGGGCUCUGUCAAUGGGGGCGCCGCCGCCUCUUAUUCCGUCCAUUGCCAGCCGGUCGUCCACGCCGCCCCGUGGUUCCAGACUGAUGGGCCCCGGCGAGCUGACGCUGUUCGGCGCCCACAAAGACGGAGAGUCCAGAUAGUACAGGUUGAAGGAGAUGAAGGGAAAUGUCAGGAUCACUGUGCUGCUCGCUAACACAGUCUCUCGCAGAAAGUAGUCCCAGCAAGCGAAGCCUAGCUGCUGGUAGAGAUGCAAGUCUCACCCAUGUGUUACCAGUGCAAUUAAGAAUACAUUAUGGAUCACUGUUUGAGCAUUUAUUCUGGAGAUCCAACUUCAAGUCUGGAUGCGUUUGUCUACACUAGUAAAACUAUUGAGUGCACUAAGAUAAACAAAUGCUCAAAGGGCCUCUUCAAACCCAUUUGAGUGUUAUUAUCCGAUAUGUUUUAAGGUCCAAAAUUGCACUUGUUGACGACUGCGUGGUACAAAAAUUGCUAUUGAGAGGACAAAGAGCUACGUGGACCUUAAAAGGAUAACAAGUAAAUGUGCCAACAGCUUUUACUCUUGAGAAAAAGUGUAAAUGGACUUGAGGCUUAAUAUCAGGGAUUUUGAGUAAAUGCUCAAACGGUUUAUCAUGAUACAUUCUUGGCAUCUGAUCAGUUUCAUUUUCUGUGGGCAGUCGGUUACUGCAAGGCCGUCAUUGGCGGCACAUUUUUUGUUAACAAGUUGUUGGUUUUUUUUUGCCGUGGAUCAGCGGUGACUUCCAUCGGCAUGUGCACCUGAAAAUGUCAAGAGUUCAGAUUCUCAUUGGGGGUGAGUCUCAAUCUGUAAAACGUGGCGGCGCUGGGGAAGAGAGUGUGUAGACAUGAAAUGGUUAAAAGAGGCACGUUGUGUUUGUGUGUACGUUUGUCAUUGUGAAAAGACAGAAUACUGAUGAGACCAAUCCAGGAGUCAGUAUUGUACCUCAAUUUCUUGCUUUACCCAAAAACCCCCAAAGCCUCAGCGUCAUGAAACACGAAAUUCAUUCAUCCCUUUUCAGUUUGUUUUUGGGCUUGUUUUGUUCCCCCCGGGGAUAGAUGGCGAAAUGAACUGUGCAGCGUUGUGUUCACUCGCACAGCGUCUUAGAGCUUCCUCCAUUUCCCACUCUCCUCUGGACUAUAUGAGCAGGACCAGAUUAUAGUAGUCUAGACAAAAUGCCUUUGUAAUUAUUAUUCUUAACAUUAUCUUCUAUAAUAAUAAAUAUAUUCACUGUUACGUUAUUGUCAUUGUUUCAGGUAUGCACUAGUACUCUCUCUGUCCCUCCAGGUAGUAAUACUGCACAUCCUCCAAAAAAAGGCUUGCUUCACACUAUUAGGUUGAAAUGUUGGUUGAAGAGCAGCCUUUGGACUCUUCAAGGAUCUCAUCUCUAUGCCUUUAUUAUGCUCACAGGGAGAUUUGACUGUGUGCCCUUGCUUUGUGUGUUUUAUCCAUUUGGGAUGAUGUUGUAGAGGCUUGUACAGUAAGAUCUGGGAACACAGUUUGUGUUGCUGACAAAAAAAAAUAAGUUAUAUACUUGGAUGAGUGGGGCAUCUGCUGAAGAAUUGAAAAGGCAUACAAAGGACAUCCACAGUGGACGUAAUGAGAGGGGAAAGACUGGGUCGAUUAUUUUAAUAUGACCAUUUUAUACCUUUCCAAUCCCUCCCCUAGAGACCACAAAGAUUAAUUAUUAAAUGAACUGUUGUUUA